CGUAAGCAUUACCCCUUACUCUCAUUUUUUGGCUGACAAUUUAAUUUGCACAUGCAAUACAGGUCUCUGCAAGAACAUGGGAAAAGUUGAAGUCAUAUCAUCAUGUGUUGUUCGAACAGCAACCAAUGAAAUUUCGAUGCCCAGAUUGGAGCUAACUCCAUGGGAUUUGUCACUGCUUCUACUUGAUCCUAUUCAAAAAGGGAUUCUCUUUUACAAGCCUAAAUCCCAAGAUUUCCAGACCAUCAUUCAUCACCUGAAAACCUCACUUUCUCGCACACUAGACUUCUUUUCCCCACUCGCCGGCCGUCUUGGCACCACUCAGAACGAUGACAACACGACGUGUUUCUUUGUCGACUGCAACAAUGCAGGAGCUGAGUUUACACAUGCAAUUGUCGAUGCGGUGUCGGUAUCAGACAUCGUGGGGCCGACGUACAAACCCCAAAUAGUGUCUUCUUUUUUCCCUCUCAAUGGAGUUGCCAAUUGUGAAGGCGUUUCCAUGCCUUUGGUGGCGGUGCAAGUCACUGAGCUCGUGGAUGGCUUCUUCAUAGGCUGCACUGCGAAUCAUGCUGUAAUAGAUGGGACUUCGUUCUGGCAUUUCAUCAACACUUGGUCCGAGAUAUCCCGUGGUCUGGAGACGAUAUUGAAAACCCCUGUUUUUGAACGUUGGUUUCCUACAAAUAUUUCCAAUGAUAAUCGCCUCAUCCCUCUUCCUCCAUUAGAUAAAAGUCUUUUGCAAAGCUUCGUUCCACCUCCAUUAGUCGAGAGGGUUUUCCACUUCAGCAGAGAAAGUGUGGCGAAGCUCAAAGCCAAGGCCAAUGCAGAAGCAGGCACUGAUAAAAUCUCCUCUUUGCAAGCACUCUCAGCUCAUUUAUGGCGAAGCGUCAUUCGUUGCCGAAAUCAACUAAGUAUUCAGAAGGUAAACAGCCAAGAAGUUGAUCUGGUUUUUGUAGUUGGUACAAGAUCAAGAAUCCCUUUGCCGGAUAGCUAUUUUGGGAACGCAGUUCAUAUUGUUAAAACUGUAGCUAAUGAGGGUGAGCUCUUGGAGAAUGGACUGGGCUACGCCGCGCUGAAGGUCAAUGAACUGGUUGCUCAGCAGCUUAAUCUUGUGGAAGAAUGGGUGAGAAAUCCCAAGAUAUUCAACAAGGGAACGCUUUAUAAUUUUGCUAUCACCAGUUCGCCUCGGCACAAUGUAUACAGCGCCGACUUUGGGUGGGGGAAACCGAUUGCUGUGAGAAGCGGAAAAGGGCAAAAAGGUGACGGGAAGAUGACGCUUUUCCCCGCGGCGGAACCCGGUGGCAUUGACGUUGAAGCUUGCUUAGCGCCGGCGACGUUGAAGGUGAUGGAAGCUGAUGCAGAGUUCAUGGACGCUGUCACAAUUUGAAUUGGACAAUGGCUAUAAACUAGCCAUUCUAUUAACUAGUAUGUUGCCUGGCAUGGUUUAGUUUUCAAUUGUUUUGGUUGAUAUUUCGCAAUUUGAGAAUCGAUUUGCUGUUUUCCGUUCUUCGUUUCAGUUUCAAUAUUUGGGAGGUCAAAUGUUAAUUCUAUUGUCUGCAAGCGUUUUCGAUCAUUUGGAAUGUAAUUGUCGCUAAAAUUGAGAAUUGAUAUGUAACAUAUACACUAUGCACGGAAUGUAUAUUUCUUUUUG